CAACAAAAGAUAACAAUCGCUCCUAAUUGCUUGCUUUGGACAUGGAGGAUUCGAAUGGAUUAAUUUAUGGGCUGGAAUUACAGGCUCGAGCAUUAACACCACAAUAUGGAGAGGGAAAUGAGGUACGCUUUUUCAUAGCCACCAACUCUUUAAAGCCGACUAAUCAGGUCCACUUAUUGGAAUUCAAUGAAGAAAAAGCAAAUGUAAAAUCGAAGAUAUUUGAACAUUCACUUGGCGAAGUCUGGAAGUUGAACAGUAGCCCUCAUGACGAAAAUCUUCUGGCCUCUUGCUACAACGUACUUAAAGGAGCACAGGUGCAAACGCAUGCAGCGCUGCUUCAAUUACCCACUGAUUUGGAUGAACAAGAUGUGAAAAUGGAGUUUUUACCCUGGCAUAAAAUAGAGAAUCUGGAUACGGAGAAAUUUGGCGAUAAGGUGAAAACCAUCGAAUUUCAUCCGAGCAAUAAAAAUACGUUGGCCUGUGUUGUCGAUGGAAAGGUUGUAAUUUUUGAUCGUGCACAAUCCCAAACGCGUGUAAUAGCAGAAACUGCGGGUACUAAUGCACAAAAAAAUUCCCCGCCUUUCACCACCGGCAAGUGGUCACAUCACCAUCAGGGUCACCAGUUUUUCACAUUGCAAGAUUGUAGUGUGCGCUCAUAUGACAUUCGUGAUACACAGCACUGUGCUUGGUCUAUAGAGGAUGCGCAUAGCCAACUCGUUCGUGAUUUAGACUGUAAUCCGAAUAAGCAAUGUCACAUUGUGACCGGCGGCGAUGAUGGUGCAGUAAAAGUGUGGGAUUGCCGAAUGCCGAAAGAGGCAGUUUUUUCCCGAAACGAUCAUGCACACUGGGUUUGGUGUGUACGAUUCAACACAUUCCACGACCAAUUGAUUUUGUCAAGUUCCAGUGACUGCAAAGUUUUACUCACAUGUGCCGGUUCGGUGAGUUCCGAAGCCGCUAGUGAUAGUUUGCCUGAAGAACGAAGGCGAGUGCUUUCGGACGGAUUGCUUCAAACAUUUGAUCAACAUGAAGAUUCAGUAUAUUGUGUCGAGUGGAGCAAUGUAGACCCUUGGAUUUUUGCUUCUCUUAGUUACGAUGGACGUGUGCUAAUCUCAAAAGUACCGAAACAAUACAAAUAUCAGAUAAUAUUGUAAUCAGUUUCUGUAUUUUUAUCCUACAUAUAAUGAAAUAUUUACGGUAAUGUAACGAAUAAAUAUUAGCAACUAACUA